GGCAAGUGCUGAAGCGUCACCUCAAGGACUCAAAUGCAAUGGCCUGUUUCAGCUGAAUUCAUCAACAGCACCUCGGAUCCCACAGUUUUUGAGAAAUUGUACGAAAGGAGCGCAUGAAUUCUAAUUUAGAAGCCGAGAUGCAGGUGUUAAUGCCCCAACCUCAGAUUUUUGUGGAAAGAACUCUGGCCCUCAUCAAACCAGAUGUCGUUGAUAAAGAAGAAGAAAUAGAGGAUCUCAUUCUCCGGUCAGGAUUUCUGAUUGUUCAGAAACGGAAACUCCAGUUAAGCCCAGAGCAAUGUAGCAACUUUUAUGCAGACCAAUACGGAAAAGUGUUUUUUCCUAAUUUAACAGCCUAUAUGAGUUCCGGGCCUUUAGUUGCUAUGGUUCUUGCCAGACAUUGUGCAGUCUCAUACUGGAAGGAAUUGCUUGGACCAUCAAACAGCGUAAGAGCUAGGAGAACUCACCCUCACAGCUUAAGAGCAAUCUAUGGGACUGAUGACCUGAGGAAUGCACUCCAUGGCAGCCUCAACAUUUCCUCAGCAGAAAGAGAAAUUCGAUUCAUGUUUCCAGAAGUGAUCUUGGAGCCAAUUCCAGCUGGACAAAGAGCCAGGGAUUACUUGAACCUUUAUGUAAAGCCUACAUUACUAGCUGGGCUCACUGCACUGUGUAAAGAGAAACCAGCAGAUCCAAUGACUUGGCUUGCUGACUGGUUGAUUGAACACAAUCCUAAUAAACCUAAGCUACAGCAUCAGACCACCGAAGAAGAGUAUCAGGGGUGAGAGCUCAGUGGAAACCAUCUCAAGCAUUCCAAGUUACAAAUAAUAUAUUAUCAUUUUCACUGUAUCCUUUGGCUAUGUAAUCAAUUUUAUCUGAAGUUAAUGUUCUUGUCAUAACUACCUGUGUCUUCAUGGGAUAAAUAAACUUACACUUAACCAGGAUUUAAUAGUUCUAGUCGCUUUUCUAUUAACAAAGUGAAUGUAGAACUAUUUGAUAAAUUUACGGUGUCAGGUGACUAGAAAAAGACAAAAUGCCCAUCAGGUGUGACUUAACUGCUGUUUUCUUCAUUUAUCUUGGUUUGGCUGUCUGGAGAGAACCAAGUUACUUACACCAGUGCAGAUUCCCAAAUGACAUACAGCUGGCCUGUGCUUUGUGAAACUGAGAGUUAUGUUUCAGCAUUUUUUCAGCAGACAGAAAUUCCUUUAUGAAGGGAGGGACUUGGGUGUAGCAGAAAACAGUUACUGGAGACAUAUUAGCAACUUUAGAAUUUUAAUUGCUGAUUACAUCACCAAGCUAAGGUCGCUCUUGAAGAUGAUUCACUUGAGCCUGACGUAUUUUGUCAGAAUGUAAUCUGAAGGACUUAUUUGACGGUACAUCAAAUGGACCUUUUCCGUCUCAGUGGCA